CAGUUUGUACUUUCCGACUGGCGUUGUUUGAGUGGAGCAGGCGGCGCAGGGUCUCUACACCAGGAUACUCAAAAAUAGCUUUCAAAGGCGAUUAGGCAUGACGGAUACUGACGACGGGGCUCCGCGGGACUCUACGUAGAGAUGAGGAUUCCUCCGGUGUGGGCGCUGGGGGCUUGCCAGACUGGGUGAGGUGAGAACUGAGAAGGAAACCCGCUGAGAAAAGAACACCUUGGACUGCUGAGGAGGACCUCUGUGCAGGUUCACGCGGCCGUCGGCAGGGUGGAGCUUCCUGACCCAUGGAGAAUUAUUUCCAGGCCGAGGCCUUCAACCUGGACAAGGUGCUGGACGAGUUUGAGCAGAACGAAGAUGAAGUUGACAAUCCCAUUCUCUCUGAUGCCAAGUGGACCCAGAUUCUGGCCCCUCCAGCCCACCUGCUGUCGCUGAACCCCGCCCUGGCCCACGCAGACCUCAGCCCCGGGGAGAGUCCCCUGCCCUUCAAGACCCUUCCUGACUCUACAUCCAGCGCCUCCCCGGGCGGUGACCCCAAAAGACACCCAGGUCCCGAACCUCCAUCUUGGGCAGAGGAUAGGCCAGCAGAUGUCCACAGCCCGCCCCUUCCCCAACCCAACAUCGGCAAACUGGUGGGCACAGACGACCUCUCCCCGCCCCCGGUGACGGCCUGUACUGCUGUGGAGAACGACUGCCCCGCCAGCCCUGCCAGCCCGCAACUGGACGGGCUCAGAGAGGAGAUUAAUUCUCUUUUGGACCACAAACCUGGCCAUUCUGACCGGGAGGGUAAACCUUAUCAGGAGGAGAGAGUCACCACAGCAGGAGGAGAAGGAGGAGGCUCUGAUGUCAGUCACACUCAGUUUACCUUUGAAGUUGGAUUAAGACAGGAGGAGACGCAGGAAGAGACUCAGAAAAUUCAUCCAGAUGUGGAAGCCUCGAUACAUAAUGGGCAAGGUGUCAAAGAGGAGGCUGUUACAGCUGCUGUUUUAGAAAAUGGGCAAGAAAAACUAACAGCAAACAUAAAAGAAGAGCAGGUAGAAAGUGUCCUGAAUGGGAGAGGGAGAGACAUUAACACUGCUUGUGAGUGGGAGAAGAAUGGUUUAUCUUCUUCUGACAGUGUUGAGGUGGACCAGAAGGAGUGGAUAUGUGGUUCAGAUGGACAGAUAGACCAACUCCUCAGAAUAAGAAGCCUUCCCAACGGUUUGGAGCAGGAGAGCAGUGGGCAUUCCAAGCUUAAGGAGACAGAAACGAAAGAGGAGGAUCAUGAGGGUCUGUCUCCGUCUCCUGUCCCGUCCAAAGAGGACUCUGUCACUGAGGAAAAGGAAAUGGAGGAGAGCAAGCAAGAGAAUGGUGAAGGAGGAACAGCAGGGGGGUCAGGCGGCGUACAACCAAAACUCAACAAUAAUCGGCUGCAGCCAGUCAGUGUUCCCUACGGAGGCGCGAGGCCAAAGCAGCCGGUCAGCCUCAAGCUCCAGAUCCCACAGCCGCUGUCAGGUCAGGUACAAAACCAGCUCGGUCCGAGCGCCGUCAGCAAGAACAAAAACCUGGAGAACCAUUGUCGAAGAGGCACGCCGUCUGAAUUGACGCUCAGUGGGACUGAUCAAAGUGCUAACGGGGUAAACGGAGAUGGCGUCGCCCACUCUCCUCCCCCUAUGCCCUCAGAGAGCCCAGAUAACGACCUCCAGGCAGGCCAACAGGGUAAUCUGUGCAGGAAACCUGCCAGCUCUCUGGGGGAGGUAGCCCCUGUGUGGGUGCCUGACUCCCAGGCUCCUAUGUGUAUGAAAUGUGAUGUCAAGUUCACAUUCACCAAGAGGAGGCAUCACUGCAGAGCCUGCGGAAAGGUGUUCUGUGCUACAUGCUGCAGCCUGAAGUGCAGGCUCACGUACAUGGACAGGAAGGAGGCUCGCGUCUGUGUCACCUGCCAUUCUGCUCUAACAAGUGCUCAAUUGUGGGAGGCACCCGUCACUGCAAGCAACCAGAGUCCAAACCCCAACAACCCAGCAGAGUACUGCUCCACUAUCCCCCCUCUGCAGCAGGCUCAGGCCUCCGGGGUGCUCAGCUCCCCCCCGCCUACUGUCAUGGUGCCUGUGGGAGUUCUAAAACCGCCUGGCAACGAGGGGUCUCUUACACGGGAGCAAAGGAGGGUGUGGUUUGCUGAUGGGCUCCUGCCUAACGGAGACGCGUCAGAGUCACCCAAACCGCCUGCCUCUAAUCCAGCCCCCUCGCAGUCUCUUGCCAUCUCCACAUUUUCAAACAAAUCCUCCACUUCUGAAUCCUCAGAGGCAUCCCACAGCCCUGUUGCCCCGGUUGGCAGCCCAGUGGGCAGCUCCUUCAGCCUGAUCCCGGAGGACGGGCUCCCUCCCAUGCUCAUCUCCACCGGAGUCAAAGGAGGUACGGGAGGCCACAUCACAGACUAUGCAGUGGAGGAGAGGCCGUCGGAGAUCGUCCUCAUGCAGCAGCUGGAGGAGGGAGGCCCAGACCCCCUGGUCUUCGUGCUCAACGCUAACCUGCUUGCUAUGGUCAAGCUUGUAAACUAUGUAAACAGGAAGUGUUGGUAUGUGACGACAAAGGGCAUGCACGCCGUCGGCCAGGCAGAGGUGGUCAUCCUGCUGCAGUGUCUACCUGACGAGAAGACCAUUCCCAAAGACAUCUUCACACACUUUGUGCAGCUCUACCAGGAGGCCCUCAGCGGCAACGUGCUGAGCCACCUGAGUCACUCAUUCUUCACACAGAGCUUCCUGGGCAGUAAGGAGCACGGCGGCUUCCUCUACAUCAGCCCUUCCUUCCAAUCGUUGCAGGACCUGCUGCUGCCCAACCCGCCCUACCUCUUCGGCAUCCUGAUACAGAAGUGGGAAACGCCAUGGGCCAAAGUCUUCCCCAUCCGCCUCAUGCUGCGGCUGGGAGCAGAGUACCGAUUUUAUCCGUGUCCGCUGUUCAGUGUUCGCUUCAGAAAACCCCUCUUUGGAGAGACCGGUCACACUAUCAUGAAUCUGCUUGCAGACUUCCGUAACUACCAGUACACGCUGCCGGUGGUGAAAGGUUUGGUUGUGGACAUGGAGGUGAGGAAGACGAGCAUUAAGAUCCCCAGUAAUCGUUACAAUGAGCUGAUGAAGGCCAUGAACAAGUCCAACGAACACGUGCUGGCCAUGGGGGCGUGUUUCAACGACCGGGCUGAUUCCCACCUGGUGUGUGUCCAGAACGAUGACGGGAACUAUCAGACGCAGGCCAUCAGCAUCCAUCACCAGCCUCGCAAAGUUACUGGAGCCUGCUUCUUUGUGUUCAGCGGUGCUUUGAAAGCCUCGUCGGGCUUCUUGGCAAAGACCAGCAUCGUGGAAGACGGUGUCAUGAUCCAGAUCACAGCUGAGACCAUGGACUCUCUACGGCAAGCGCUGAGGGACAUGAAGGACUUCACCAUCACCUGUGGUAAAGCCGACCAGGAGGACAACCAGGAGCUCGUCCACAUCCAGUGGACGGAGGACGACCACAACUUCAACAAAGGUGUCAUCAGUCCCAUCGAUGGGAAAUCUAUGGAGUCUAUCACCAGCGUCAAGAUCUUCCAUGGCUCUGAAUUCAAAGCCAACGGCAAAGUCAUCCGCUGGACAGAGGUGUUUUUCCUUCAGAGUGAAGAUCAACCCAACGGUCUGAGCGACCCGGCCGACCACAGCCGACUGACGGAGAACGUAGCGAGAGCUUUCUGCAUGGCGCUCUGUCCACACCUGAAGCUGCUGAAGGAGGACGGGAUGGCCAAACUGGGACUGAGGGUCACUCUGGACUCAGACCAGGUGGGUUACCUGGCAGGAAGUAACGGCCAGCCUCUGCUGCCUCUGUACCUGAGCGACCUUGACAGCGCUCUGAUCCCAGUCAUCCACGGAGGGGCGUGUCAACUGAGCGAGGGCCCGGUUGUCAUGGAGCUGAUCUUCUACAUCCUGGAGAUCAUCUCGUAGGGAGUCUUUGGACCGUCAUCUAUUUCUUUUUGGACCUUCUGAUGUCAUCUCUCAUCCUGGACCUACGUCAUCUUCCUCCAACACCGUUUGCACUUCAAAGGAGCCUGAUAACUGUGCCGUGCCAGGUGGGGUAGCAUUCCUCAAGUCAAAACCUAUGCAUCCAAAAACCACCUUCUGUUUCCGCUCCAGAGGCCUCCUGGGGCCUGACGAGGCCUGUCAUGUUUCCAUUGUGCUGAACUUCACCUGACAGGUCAUCUGUCUCAGGUUCUCAUAAGAGGUCCACCAAGCAGGAAGUAAACACCAGAGAUGACCUGCUCAAUCUGUUUGACCCCAGCAUGGCGUUAAAGUGCUUCUAUACAGUAUUAACCCCCCCCCCAAAAGUCUUCAUGUUUAUUGAUUUACAACGAUGGUCAAAGUACAAGUUGAAGUGGCUUUGUUGGUUUGUCAACAGAAAAAAAAAACCUCAUGAUGUCUACAGAGUGAUUUGAUUUCUUUUUGUAUGCCUUUAUUAGAGAGUCAGAAAUCUGGUACAGGGAGAGAGUGAGGAGUGACAUGCAGGAAAGGAGCUACAGGUCGGAUUUGAACCUUGGAGGACUGUAGCCUCUGUACCUGGGGCGUGCGCACUAACCACUAGGAUACCGGCGCCCCGGAGGGUUCUGACUUUUACAAAAUAAACAGAUGUUUACCCCCAGAACACGGUUAUACAAAAUCCUUUUAGGGACAAAUGUUACUCAUUAAGAACAUCGUCAGUUCACCUCGUUUGCCGCUAGAAACAUCCCUUGAGUUAUCAGACGUACUACCUGAAAGCCAGAGAGCGUUAACUCUGGAGCAGCUCUGGAUUUAAGGCCACUUGAAUAUUUUUACAUCAUUACUCUCAAUUCUACUCGCUUAGUUUCCACUUGUGUCACAGAGUGAAGGGUUUGUUUCGUGCGGCUGCUCGCUCAGCUGUUUAAUUUACUUUUAAAAAUUCAUGACAAAUUAGCAGUGAUGGAUGAAAUACUCUUUUUUUUUUUUUACUCAAGUAGCAACAUGUUCAUGUAAAAGUAAUCUGUUACAAUCAUCGACUGACUUUACACUUUAUGAUUACAAGUGAAAAGACCUGGAUUGAAAACACCACUCGAGGUAAAUCGACCGUUAAAGAAAUAUAAUGAAUCCUGCAGACGGGACAGUUUCAGAAAAAAACUCACAUGCACUAACAGCUUGUAAAGGUGGGGCUUAUUCUUUACUCUGAGUAGACUUAUCAGCACUAAUUAAGUCAUAUAUUUUCCCAUCAUUUAUUGGUUCAUUCUAGCUUUUGUAAAAAAAAAAGUCUGAAAAGUAAUAAGUGGCUGUACUAACUAAUGAUUAUGUAGUCUGCAGCUAGAAAUCUUCCCCUAAAUUACGUAGAAUUCAAAGAAGUAUUGCAGUAUGGACUUAAAAGUAUAGAGACUGAGUUAAUGUACUUUGAUAUCACUGUGGCCUCAGGAGUUUAAGCUCAGAUGUUUGAAGAUACCAGAACCAGGUUUUGUUGAUCUUUGGAAGAGGGUGUCUGCUCACAGACUUCAUGCAGCCUUUCAAAUGUUGGAAAAAUGUCAGCAUCCAGAUGUGCAACCUGAAAGAAUUAUUAUUAUCCACACAGCUGUUUGUAAUAUUCAAGUAGCAGCUGAUCGAGAGAACUUGCUAUUUUAACUUCAAGUGGUCUUUUUCCGUUAAUCAGCCACUUUGAAUGAACUUUGAUUGAAAGUUGUAAAUCAAUCCAACAUGAAUUCCUCCCGUGUGGGUGGGGGGGAUACGUUUCAUAGGCGUCGUAUGUAGCUGCUCUGGUUAACACAAACUCGUCCCUCCAAAGUCACUGUGGCAGCCAGCGGUCCUGAAGCACUGACAUUUAUCAGCAAAGGCCUCUGUGUAGCACGGAUGUUCUGAAACGAGGGAUACUCACACCCACGGCUCAAACCUCUGGAAUAAUUUAUCUGAAGUUAAACAAGGAGCUGGAAGAUGCGUCAGUGUGGUGUUUUUCUUUGAACCCUUUUUUGCACCGAGGUGCUCAGUGCCUGCAGCAGCGAAUCAUCAAGUGAGGAAAAAAUAAAUAAGAGAGAGACAACUUUUCAUCUCCACCUCUUAAGCUUUACUCAUAAGUCACCAGAUGCUUUACUUCAUGGACAAAUACACGUGUUGUACAUAUUUUUUAUAGACGCUAACGACUCCUCCUCCAUUGUUACUCUGCGUCUGUAGCCUCCAGAGCUCCAAGUUAAAUGCAGGAAGUGAUAUCAUGGACUCAUCAGACUGACGCUCUGUGGAAUAAGACUACAUGGUAACUCUGAAAACCCUUUUGUCCUACAGUAGACAGCUGGUUUAAAAAAAAAAAAAAGGUUCCAAUGCUUUAUUGAUCAACUCAAUCUGUACAUAAAGCAGAAAAUCAUUUUUUAAUCUCGUCCACUCAUCUUCAACAUCAUCGGGGCUCGUUGUUUGUCAUUGGUUGGAAAGACAUUCUAGUCUUUUUAAUCACAAAAGAGAAUAACUGAAUAUGUAAAAGAUAUAUAUAUAAAUACAGUAUAUAUAUAUAUAUAUAUAUAUGAAUAAAUAACUAUAUAAGAACUGUAAUAAAUUGCAGAAGCAGUGCACUGGAUUCUAAGCCAUUUACAGGGGAGUUCAAGCGAGCGACUAGGAGGCCUUUGAGUCCUGGAAGUUUUUUUUUUGUUUUCAGCUGCAGGAAAAAAAAAACCCUCAGCUGUAAAGAUCCAGGGUUCCUGCAGAAACAAGAGUUUGAUCGACCUGAAGCUGAAUGUAUCUCAUCUCACAUAUUCUGCAAUCGUCCUUCCAAAGCCCUGGAAUCACCAACAUCCCGCCUGAGACUUUGCAGCAGACCUGCAUAGGAAGGAACCCUGUAGACUGCUAUGUUGUCUUCAAAAGGCCUCAACUGUUUUUUCCUUUUGUUUUUUUUUUUAAGUUAAAAUGAAAAAAAGAAGAAAAAAAAAAAUCAGUUUUUGCUCUGGACUGUGUUCUCCUGCAGCUACAUGGACCUGGAAAAAAUGUAAGAAUGUAUUCCUCUUGUUUCUGUUCCAAUCUGCUAAAUGUGAUCGUCCACCUCUAGAUAGACUAGUCACCAAAAAGCACCCUGUCAUGUCUGGACCACUCUUUACAGUAAUCAUUCAGCGUCGUGAGGCAGUUUCUCCAUCUUUAAUCAUGCUCAUAUGAAACCAGACGGGGCUACACAAAAAGUACUGUCGGUACAGUACGAGAGGUUUCAUCAGAACAAUCUCGACAUCACAAUGAGAAUCAGACAAUCACGAAAAAUCUGCAGACGAGCCGGCGCUUCGAGGUUAAGUUAGAACUUGAGCCUUUCUUUAUUCGUUUAUAUCUCAAUUUGAAGUAUUUUAGGAGCUACUGUAGCAGAUAUAAUGUUAGUGGAGCAGAUUAGAAAUGUUCAGUACAGGCUGAACGAGAGGUCAAGGUCACCAGUUCUGGGUUUAUUACUGUGAUCAUACCAGAGUGGGUGUUUCUCAAUCACUGUGUCUUCACUGUGUGACGGUCAUCAGCCGCCAUCGUCCGACGGCAUCUCUCUUUUUUUAUAAAUCGGCAUAACAAAGGAGACGUGAGGAUUUCUUUUUCAGACUUCUUGUCUUCUGUUACGGUUUUACUUUUUGGCAUUCUCUGACGUGUGCAAUAUGUCCCAAAUCCC